GAAGCGGAAGCGGGCCGCGGGGCGUGGGCGUGGUGCUAGUUGUUGUUGCUAGUGCUGCCGUCGCGGGUCGGGUCUGGGGCGUUAUGGCGGCCGCGGCCCUUCCUCCGCUGCCUGAGCAGUUCAAGAGCCUCCAGCAUCAUUUGCGAACCGGGCAGGAGCUGGACAAGCGGGAGCCGGUGGUGGCGUAUUACUGCCGUUUGUAUGCUAUGCAGACUGGGAUGAAGCUUGACAGUAAAACCCCAGAGUGCCGCAAAUUUUUAUCCAAACUAAUGGAUCAAUUGGAAACUAUGAAAAAGCAGCUGGGUGAUAAUGAAGCUAUUACUCAGGAAAUAGUUGGCUGUGCCCAUGUGGAGAAUUAUGCUUUGAAAAUGUUUCUAUAUGCAGACAAUGAAGAUAGAGCUGGGCGAUUUCACAAAAACAUGAUAAAGUCCUUUUAUACUGCAAGUCUCCUGUUAGAUGUUUUGUCGGUAUUUGGGGAGCUCACUGAAGAGAAUGUUCAACACAGAAAAUAUGCCAGAUGGAAGGCAGCAUAUAUUCAUAAUUGUCUAAAGAAUGGAGAGACUCCUCAACCUGGACCAAUUGGAAUGGAAGAGGAAGAUGAUGAUGCUGAAAAUGAAGAAGGUAGCUCAUCUGCUCUACCUACCCAAGUAUCUCAGCCAUCAUCUUCUACAUAUGACCCAAACAUGCCAACUAGUAAUUAUUCUGGCAUACAUAUCCCACCUGGUGCACAUGCUCCAGCCAACACUCCAGCUGAAGUACCUCAUAGCACAGGUGUAACAAGUAAUACCAUUCAACCCACUCCACAGAAUAUCCCAGCAGUAGAUCCUUCUCUUUACAAUGCUCAAUCUGCAGGGGAAGUCCGUUUGACACCAGAGGACUUUGCCAGAGCCCAGAAAUAUUGCAAAUAUGCUGGCAGUGCUUUGCAGUAUGAAGAUGUGAGCACUGCUGUGCAGAAUCUACAGAAGGCCCUCAAGUUACUGACUACAGGCAGAGAAUGACGCCUUUGUCCAACAGAUUCAUGUCUUUUGCCUAAAGAACUAACAAUCCAUUACUUUACCUUCUGCCUAUUAGGGGGACACAGUUAAAUGAAAGCUCUCAAUUCCAUUGACCAUGACAAUGAAAUCUGUGUCAUCAGAUCCCUGAUGUAGCACUAUUCAGGAAGCUCAGCCAGUUUUCAUUUUCCACACAGUGGAACUGGAAACAUAUGGAUGCAGUGAUGUGAUCAAGAUACUGGAGAAUGCACUCUGAACACUGCUUAAGAGUUAGAAUUAAUGUUACAACAUUUAGAAUGUUUAAGGAAAAAUAGAGAAUCUGUCUUUACCGUGUUGGAAAAACAAAGUAAUGUGCUCUACUGGUAUUGAAUCUGAAUUUAUCACUGUUAAUAAAAUUUAAAAAGAAAAAUGGCUUUGGGACUGGAAAUAAAAAUUAGGGAUUUUCUACUGAAAUUUAGAUAGCAGGAGUGUGGGGCCGAUGGAUCAUGAAAUGAUCUUAAUGUACAUCCAGAAAAGUCCUAUUGUUUUGGUAUUAUCUGAGACCAAGUUAAAGGUUGGAGGCUUGAAAAGAAGAAUACUGAGAUUUAAUUGAUGAUUUAUUGUACUGGAAUGUCCAUUUCUUGAAGCUUUGGGCAAAGACAUUUUAGAAGCUCCUCCCCUUCCUCCAUCCUCCCCCCCCAAAACACACGUGUGUGUGUGUGUGUGUGUGUGUGUGUGUGUGUGUGUGUGUGUGUGUGUGUGUGUGAACUGCUACAUAUUGGUUUUGGUAACUGAUUCUUACUCAUUUUGCAUGGGCAAUUUAAAUUUUAUAUAUUAAGGGUGGUUAAAAGAAGGUGGUAGUAGUGUUAACCAGAGAUGAGCCCAAAGCCCAGAUCCUAACAGUGUGGAUUUAAGCUUCACAGCUGCCCCAUUUCUUUCACCAGCCAAAUGACCCCUCAGCCAAAUACCUGGACUUUGACACCUUCAUAGUCUCUGUUUAGAUCCAAACUUUGCAGGUCAGGUUCAUCUCUAAUGUUAGUGCAACCAAGUAUCCUCCUCUGCUUACUUUCUUGUGGAGACACGGGGGAUUCUAGAAUUGAUUAAAAUAUUUUGGAAUUUGAACUCUGAACACUUUAUAAGCUCUGUCCUGGGGAGUUAUGGAGCUAUUGAUUGUUAAAACGGCAUCCAUGCUGUAUAAAAAUAAAUGAAUACAAGAUUCUUUAAUUAGUAUGACAGCCUUAAAUGAGUACACUAUAGAGUUUGUCUAUUUGUAUAAUACAUCUUUGAAUACCGGUGAAACCUGAUAGACGUUAUUCUUUGCAAAAUACUAAAUCAGAUGUGCACACCUGUUCAUGUCUACGCUAUUUUCCAGGGAUGGAAAUAUAUCUGAUAUUUAAAGUACAUAAAAGCAGCCUAAUGGUGUGUAAAAUCUGGUGCGCAAAGCACAUUCAGUUAAGACUGCAAGCUCUGUUCAACUGCAUGUUUGAAAAGGUAGUGUGAUCAUUUGUAAUGUAUUCUUAAACAUUUUAACCUAGUACAAAUUAAUACAUAAAACAAGUUCAUUCUUA